AUUUUUAUAUUGAUUGUAUUCAAUAUAUUAAAGAACUUGCGUAAAAGUUCGUUUGUUUGUUUUCUUUUAUUUAUCGUGAGUGCACAAUAAUAAUUGUGUCUAGUUGAACAGUUAAUCGGAACAGCAGCAGCAGCAGACAACAACAACAACGACAACAAUAUGCCACCUAAGAAGCAUGAUGAACCCGAACGCAAGCCGUUGAUCGGACGCAUUGGCACCAAUCUCCGCAUUGGCAUCGUAGGCGUACCCAACGUUGGCAAGUCAACAUUUUUCAAUGUGCUGACCCAAAGCGCCGCGCCGGCUGAGAAUUUUCCUUUCUGCACCAUUAAGCCCAAUGAGAGUCGCGUGCCCGUGCCUGACCAGCGUUUUGACUACCUCGUGGAGUUCCACAAGCCUGCCAGCGUUGUGCCCGCUUAUCUGAAUGUGGUCGACAUCGCUGGAUUGGUCAAAGGCGCUGCCGAGGGCCAAGGAUUGGGCAAUGACUUUCUUUCGCACAUUAGUGCCUGUGAUACCAUUUUCCAUUUAUGUCGCGCCUUCGAGGAUCCCGAUGUGACGCACGUCGAAGGCGAAGUGGAUCCUGUUCGUGAUCUGGAAAUCAUUGCCGAAGAGCUCCGGCUCAAGGAUGAGGAGAAACUGGUGCAGGCCCUCGACAAGCUCGAAAAGGUUGUGGCCCGUGGCGGUGACAAGAAACUGAAGCCCGAGUACGAUUCAAUGGUCAAGAUCAAGGAGAUCUUGGUCGAUCAGAAGCGUCACCUGCGCUUCGAGGACUGGAAUGCCCACGAUAUUGAAACCCUGAACAAGUACUUGUUCUUGACAUCGAAACCAGCAAUUUACCUGGUGAAUUUGUCGGACAAAGACUUCAUUCGCAAGAAGAACAAGUGGCUGCCAAAAAUUAAGGAAUGGAUCGAUAAACACGAUCCUGGAGCACUGCUCAUUCCCUUCUCGGGUGCCUUCGAGCAGCAGCUGAGCGAGAAAGACGAUCUGGAGCGCAAGGCCUAUGAGGAGGAGACGAAGUGCAAGAGCCAACUGGACAAGAUCAUUACGACCGGCUACAAGGCAUUGCAGUUGGAAUACUUCUUCACCGCUGGCCCCGAUGAGGUCAAAGCGUGGACCGUUCAAAAGGGAACGAAAGCGCCCCAGGCUGCUGGUCGCAUUCACACCGACUUCGAGAAGGGUUUCAUCAUGGCUGAGGUGAUGCAUUUCGAUGACUUCAAGGCCGAAGGUAGCGAGGUAGCUGCAAAGGCUGCCGGCAAGUAUCGCCAGCAAGGACGUAAUUACACAGUCGAGGACGGCGAUAUAAUAUUCUUCAAGUUUAAUGCCGGUGCCGGUCUGAAGGAUGCCAAAAAAGAAAUGAUACCGCCUUGUCGCCUACAUUAUUAUGUGCGUAAUUCUGUACAUGAAUUUAAUUUUUUACUCUCAACUGUUUUGCUUAGCUUGAAACAUAAUUGCCGAACACCGUCGUACACAUGUCCUAGGCCUGAAUGCAUUUGAUUCUAUUUUAUGAAAAAAAAAAACAAAAUACAACAAAUAA